AUGUCAGGUUGCUUUCAAUAUGAGGUCCAGCAUGUUCCAGCUGUCCUUUGCAUGCAGGUUGAAUAUGGCGAAAAUUGGGGCAAGCAUGUCCAGGCUAUCCUGGAAGGAAAGAAGCCGGACGAGAAUGGCAAGUCCAUCCCAUUGCUGGAGAGCGGCUAUGUCCCAAUCCCGGAUGAGUUUCCUUUGCGAAUCUUUGGCCCGAUCCGAACGAGCUUUGUGACCAGCGCAUCGAUGCCUGUGCAGACAUCGACCUUGCAGAUGCAGUUGCCAGUGCAGCCGCAGACCAUUCCUGUAGAAGCAGGCAAAGCCGGUGAGGAUGCUUUUGGGAAUCGGGACAUGGUCUCAGAAACUGUCACUGACCUCACAGACCGCUAUGUGAUGCAGGAUAAGCUGGGAGAAGGGACAUAUGGCACCGUGUAUCGGGCCAAGUGCAAGCAGAGCCACCGACAGGUAGCUAUCAAGCGAAUUCGCGUUCUACAAGAAGAUGAUGGUGUUCCUGCAGUGGCCCUGCGGGAGAUCUCGCUCCUGAAAGAGUUGAGCAACAAACAUGUGGUGAAGCUGCUGGAUGUCUACAGCAGCCCUUCGAAUUUGUAUUUGGUCUUUGAACGCAUGGAGAUGGAUUUGCGGGUCUACUUGAAGCGGAAUGGACAGAUGGAGCCUGCGACCCUGAGGAAUGCCACGUGGCAAUGUGUCAGUGGGAUCGAAUUCUGCCAUUCCCGACGGGUGAUCCACCGCGAUUUGAAGCCACAAAAUGUGCUCCUGGAGUUUCGUGGGACACGCAUGCGCCUGGUGUUGGCAGACUUUGGGCUCGCCAGGCUCUACAACGUGCCAUUGAAGGUUUACACUCACGAUAUUGUCACGUUGUGGUACCGACCUCCCGAGAUUCUCCUCGGCCAGGAGCAGUAUGGGCCAAGCACAGACAUUUGGUCAAUGAGCUGCAUAUUUGCUGAGAUGGCCACGGCGCAUGCCCUUUUCACGGGCGAUUCCGAGAUUGACACCAUCUUCAAGAUAUUCCGUGUGCUUGGCACUCCUGAUGAGGAGGUUUGGCCUGGUGUGACUCGCUUGCGUGACUUUAAGCAGACCUUUCCUCGCUGGCGCAACACGGACUUCGCACAAGUCCGGGCUGCUGCGGGAGCCAGGUUCAGCAAUGAUGGGGUGGAUCUUCUGCGACAAUGCUUGAAAUACAAUUCAGCAGAGAGGCCAUCGGCCAAAAAGAUGUUGACUUUUCGCUACUUCGAGGAGGAGCCAGGGCGCUAG